GCGGGGGAGGAGUCAGUCCAUGUCGGCUGUGAAGAUUGCGCGCAGCUGCGGCAGACAGAGAUGCGAGCACAAACACGGAAACUACCCAGAUUUUUCUCCUGAAAAUCAGCAUUUUUCACUCCUCGAUGUGAUUUCUUUUCCUCUGCAGCUCUGCAGAUGAGCUAAUGAGGUUGUACUUUUUUUCGUAACUGCACACAUGAAGUUCUUGUCUGGAGAUAAAUUUUAUUUUUUUUUUCUUAUUAUUUCUUUACUUUUUUUUCUCUUUUUUUGCUCACAGUAACUUUUGAACCAUGGACCUCGGCUGCCAGGCUCUACAACAGGAAGUCAAAACUGCCAGGAGAAUUACUUGAAUCAGCCUACCAUAACGGACAUCUGCACUGAAACCAGCAAUAUCAUGAAACAACCAACUCACCCUACUCACUGACUGCUCCAUUUCCACACUAAGAUGACCAGGCUCAAGAAGAGCUCCAUCUCACCCCAAACUGUCAACUCCACCCUGUCCUCCAUGACUCUUAACAAAGGACAUUUUUGUUUUCAUUUCUUUUCUCCACUUUUCCUUUUCUUUCUUCAUGUCAGGUCAACCAUGUGAACACAGAUUUGAAUAUUUGGUGUUUUAAUAUUGCUUCUGUGCUUAAAUUGUUUCUUUAAUGGAUGUUGUUUAGUUUUCCGUGUACUAGUAUAUAUCUGUGUCUUGUCUUCUGGGGCCAUCCUACAAGUGAGGCCACCAAAGGUCUGCCUCACCAAAUUUGGCACGAUAUCUGAUUUCAAGAAGCAUGUGCGCUCAAAGGCACAUAAAAAGAAAAUGGAAGAAGUGUUCCAGAAAGAUAAGUUCCAGGAAUUUGGCUUCUUUCCCUCCAUCAUUGUGGUGGACUUGUUAGUGAAACAAGAUAGACACCCCUUGAUAGGCUUGUCUCUGCUGACUCUGUGUUUUAGUCCAGAGACAAACGCCUUUUUUUACCUGUGCCAUGCUUGUGAGGAAAAAUGUCUGCCAGACAGGAUCGUUGGCCACCUCUAUUCUCGUGACCAUUGUAGCAACUACUUUAGCUAUACAGACCCCAAUGUACUGAGUUUCUCCUGGGUCCCCAGCAUGGAUAUGAGAGUCAUUCUGAGGGCAGAGAUUCUGAGGGAGGUAAAGCAAAGCGGGCCUGGACAACUACAGGUGUUGGAUUUACCUGAUAAUCUCUUGAAGAAUCUUCAAAGAAGUACUUACCUAGAUGUGAUACGCACUUUGAGUGACAAUGACAAGCUUCUGAAACUAAUUGAAGCUGGCAAGCCAAAGAGAAUGAUGAUACAAACAUAUCAAAAAGACAACCACAGAAAGCAUCCACUUCUUGGUAUGCAGCAUCUUGUUGAGUGCAUUUGUCUUGGAUCAGCUGAGAGGCGAUACUACCUCUGCACGCUCUGCAAACUAACUUUGGCCACCCACAUGAUCAUCAGACAUGUCCUGAGCUUUGACCACAUCUUUAAUUACUUUAAAGAGUGGCACCCCUCUACUCUGAUGCCAAAGGAAUGCUACAAGGAUUACUCCAUCAUACUUGAUUUUGCAAAGCAGUCGGAGGAAAUUCAUGGCACUGCUGAUAUGAAGCAAGUGCAGCUGAAGCCUCCCAAAUUCACAUCCGUGAAUUUCACCUGUUAUGCAAAAGCUUUGAAGGACCUGGAAUCCAUCGCAGAUGAAAACAAGGAGAGCAGCUUGAUUGCAAGUGUCAAACCAGGGAACAAACUGGAGCCUCGUACUGUGUCGGCACCGGCUUUAGAAUUACCAUACAAACUACGCUGUCAGGAUUGCAGUGUGUGCUUUGAGACUGCAUUUCAGUAUUUCAAACAUUUGUCAACGUUGCUUCACAAAAAGAUGUUGGAGAAAUACUUUGUCAAAGGUGAAAGAGCUGACGAUUGUCACCGAAAAGUCGGGCCGCCCUCUGUGGGCCUAUACAAGUACCUGAAAAACAGCUUGGAGCAAAAUAAUCCAGCUAUUGGUGUAUCCCUGGUUGUGACGUGUAUCAGCACUGAGGUUCAGGUGGAACCUCUUUACGUGUGCUUCGCUUGUGAGGACUGUUUCCCUGAGUCCUUUCUCAGAAAACACUUUGACUCUCGGAAACAUCUCAUACACACGUUGCUGUACCAGAAUCCCUGGCGGCUCCCAUUUGCCUGGGAGACUUUGGAUGUGAACGCCUUGAAGUCAAUGGCAUGGGAAGAGGAGAAGGAAAGAGGACCGGAUGAGAUGAUGCUGAAGGUGCUUGAUAUGCCAUACUCAAUGUUUAGAGGCCUCCGCCCCAGUUAUACAGAAGUGAUGUCAAGCCUUAAACUACACCACGUUCUCUUAAAGCGUGAAGUUCCACUAAUUCAAACAUAUAGAAAACUCCAUCAAAAUGAGAGAUUUCCUCUGCUCGGUCUACAGUUCCUGGUCAUGUACGACUUGUGUAUCAAACAGCAUCAGACCGCAGAAGUGGCUUUUCUGUGUUUGCUCUGUGCAAGGAAAUUGUCCAACGAGGAGUGUUACGCUCAUGUGUUCAGUCGAGAGCAUGUUGCAACGUUCCUAAACCAUUUCCACCCAGGCUCGCUGAAUUCAAGCACUGAUGCAGAGACCUUAUUGGACUUGGCCAAACAGGCGGGACGUACUCACUCCAUAUCACGUGUACAGAUCAUAAAGUUGGACAAGCCCAUCUGGGCACCAUGCACCUACGAACGAGCAAUAUCCAUCUUGGCAUCUGCAAAGAGUAGGAAUGGGAAUGGAAAGCUUGAACCCCGAAUAAUACCAUCAGUGAAGCUGUUCCCCAGGAAAAUUUUGAAAGAUGUGGACAAGGGCCACGUGAAAGACAACAGUCAAGCAAACAACCGAAUACUGGAGGGGUCUGAGAAACAGACCAGUGAGAUGACCCUGAAAAAGAUUUCAGCAGAAGUUGGUGCUGAAAUCAUGAAUACACUUGAUGUACAAAGUGGAGUAAAUUCAGAAAAGAGAAGUGACGAGGAGACUCUUACACAAAGUGAAGACGAGUCAAAGAAUGGUGGUAGUGAGACAUGCCAGGCGAUGAAGGAGGAGAAGACAGACAACCCUACAGUGAGUGGGGAGACUUUAGAAAGCUGUCAGAACACGGACAAAGCUCAUGAAACAGAGGAAAGUUUUAAAAGCAAAGAUGCUUCAAAACAGCUGAAAGACUACAUGGACAAAUCACAUGAAAAAUCACAGGACGACACAUGUUCUAAUGAGGAAGAAGAGAAAAAAACUGGUUAUAAAUGGCAGGAGCUCACCCUUCCACAAAACCCCAAAACCCAAAACCUGCCAAGUAAUGAUCAAAAGGAGGUGACCACUGCAGAGGGGAGAGAUCAAGCAUCUUCUAACCUGAACCACCAAGGAGUUGAGCUGUGGCGUUAUCUCAAGAGGAAGAGCAGAGAGCCGGUGGUUGGCUUAGGUGCACUUGUUGAAUGCUGCUGUGAUCAGCAUGACCCCAUCUACCUCUGUGAGUGCUGCUGUCUGAAGAUCCCAGAGAAGGAAGUGAUCAGUCAUGUUACUGGAUCUGGCCACCAGAAGAUGUUCCUGGGGGGAUUAAAGAAGCUUCAACUUCCACCAGGAACACAGAGCUUCAGUCAUUUGGCUGCUUUGUUUGAACAAGAUAAUGGAUGUGGAGAGGCUGAGGUUGUUGAACUGGAUGAAGAGAUCUACAGUAAUAUCUCAAAACUAAAUUUUAAAUCAGCCGUACAGACAGUGAAGGCCCAGCAGGCUCAGCAACAGGACAGUCGGCAUGACCUCAGUUCGACCUCAGCUCUGUCUGCUGUUCAACCUAUGGACACCUUUGUCACCCUUCACGCACAACAUGAGGUCCAGUCUGUCACAGAUGACUCCCAGAUGAAGGUGGAGAUGCAGACUGAUGAGGAUUCAGAAGCCUCUGAGGUACAGCCAUCCUCACUAACUGGAGCCGUUACUGAACCCACCUUCAAAGCAGCUGAGGUCCCCGCUGACUCAAAUGAAGAUGUCAAAAUGACCCAGAUCAAGGUGUCUGAGUCAGCUGCCAAUGCCAACACCUGCCUGACUGUUUCCAGAGGCAGUGAAGACUUAUCAAGUGGACCAGUAACAACCUGUUUGCAUCCUAAUUCCACAGGAAAUUCCUUGAAACCUGAAGUAAAUUCAAACAAAUCUGUAGGGACAUUAAAAAUUAAAACCACUUCCGAAAUAGUAGGUACAUCACAAUAUGCAGUGACCUCCACCAAGUCCAUGACGGCCAUCUCCCAAUGUUCAACCAGGCCCCCCAGUUCUACUUCAGGCACCACUAAAUUGACAGCACCCAACUCUAGCCUUAGAGCCAGCACUUCCAGCUGCAACAUAACCACCCCCACCACCUCCAAAUCGAGAGAAACUGCGCACAGAUGUGCAACCAGCUCCAAUGCCACUACAACCACCACUGAACAGACUGUGGGCAGCAAUCACUCCAGUCUAACCUCCAAAACUGCAAAUGCCUACAGAAAUUCUGAAGCUGCAUCCCAAAUUACGGUGGCAUCUCAAACUAUUGUGACAUCUAUAAAAAGUGAAGAUACUGAAGCCUCUGCCAAGACUGCAUUUCUGAAUAUUUCAAAGGAGCCAAAUGCCAUUGCCACAGCACCUGAAGCUUCACACUCGACCAUGCACACGUCUGUCGAGUCUGACAACAGGAAUUCACCAACAAUGCCAUCACAAAGCUCCACAAGCAGGGCCAAGCCAAGUUCAAAACAUCCUAAAGUUGGUGUAAACCACCUGAUUGUAGUGACAUGUAAAGAAAAGCAGCAAGUCUACUGUCAGCUGUGUUCAGUCAAGGUAGACCGGUCCGGGUCCAGUCACCUUAACAGCCUCCCACACAAGUAUAAUUAUGUGAAAAUGCUCCCUGGAUGUACUCACAGUUCGUCUCAGUUGGAAAGCAGAUUGGACAAGAUAGUGGCCCACUUGGCUGAGGUUGAAAAGAAUGUAGGAUCCCGGAAUGCGCAGACAAUAGAAGUGACGAGUGACGUGUACAAAGAGCUGAACACUCUUCCAAAGGACAAUGCUCUACAAAGACUGAAAGAAAUGCUGAAAGAGAAAACAACUGACACUGUAGAGGAGAAAGCUCCCUUUGCUUCUCCGUGUGACGUUUCAAGCUCAGAUGAUGGGAUGCACAUGCCACAGAAUGAGAUGGCUGAACUUUCCACUGAUAACCAGUCGGAGAACAAUCCUGAGCUCCAGACGCCGUUGGUUCAGACUCCAGCGAAAAUGGAGAGACCUCAGGGUCAGCCAGACCUUCUUGCCAAUGGCUCAAAGGCCACUGACGGAUUUUCCCAAACCCCAAAGUUAUGCCAAGAGACUGCUGAGAUGAGACAGCUCGAGAGAAGUGACUCAGAGUUAACAGACACGCAGAAUGUGCCGAAAGACACUCAGAAAACGUCAAAUGUAAAACUCUUCAGCCCAGACCCGCUCCCUUCUGCUGCUCCAGUGAAUAUAGAACAGCAGAACCAAUCAAGGCUCAGCCAGAGAGCAGAGCACAUACUGAAACACUUAGAGCGCAGUACAGGACCGGGACACCACAGUGCAUCACUGGCACUCCCAAGAAUUUCAAAAGGGCAAAGUACUCAGGGCCGCAGUCAUCUCUCCACAUCCUUGAGUGUGAAGGGUCAUGACAAUGAACUAAUCAUAGGUCUGUCGUCUGUGUGGGAGUGUCGAGGUGUAUCUCUGGCUUCAUUCUACUUGUGUGAGAGCUGCAGGGAGACGCUCUUCAUCAGGGACAUCUGUGAACACAUGGUCAGCGAAACACACCAGCUCAGAUACAUGCAAAGGGAGUACUCUCGUUAUCUGUGGUUUAGGCAGCUGAAGGACUUGACCAAUACAGAGAAGGAUUAUAUUUUUAAGAAGGUCGUCCUGCUGAUAUCGCAGGCGGAGUGUUCCAACAACAUGGAUGCACAGGUUAUACUGCUGAGACCGGACCUGUAUAAUUGUGUUCGGACAGCCCCAUUCAGUGAAGCCUUAAAACUGGUCCACAAGAUCAGGAAAGAACCCUACCUGAGUGUCAUCUGUCCACCUGUCUGUACUCUACAACAAAAUGACCAGCUGCCUGAGAACCGGCAGAGUCCAGAGGAAUCUCAUCCCACAGAGAAGCAAUCAACGCAGGCACUUGAGACAGACCAGAGAAGUGACAAUGAAGAAGGACAAGAAACACAAAAACACAAUUUGGAAAAGACUGUGGUGGUUGUUCAUAGGGAGGUGGACAAACAAAGACCUGUUGCAAGUCUUCUGGAUGUGACCAGAGUAUCCUCAGAGGCUAAUUCUGUUGUCUCUCCGUGUCCUGACGCCAACACUUCUCAUUGUUCUCAAGCAACUGGCAGGAGCCUUUUUGUGCAGUCAGAACUCAGAGCACCCGUCUCUCCGCACCAGAGCUCUAUCCCUAAGUUGCAAGUGAAACAGUCAGAGAUGCCCCCAGAAUCCCCAUCUUUCUCUGUUAGACCUACGUCUCCCACAGAUAAAUGCCUUCCAACCAUGAAAAGGUCAGCUGUUACAUCUCUUGAAUCACUGGUCAGACCUGACACCAAUAACCCCCCAACUGAGGAUGCUUUGCCAGCCAAACGUGCACGCAGUUCACUGCAGCCUAUCAGUCACCCCAGCACUGAAUCCACCUGUGAGUCUGCUCCUGUUAGCCCUGCUGCCACCUCCACACUUCUGCCAAGGGGGAACAAAGAUGCAGGACCUGGAUCUGAUGAAGACCCACAUUUGGAAGACCUUUGGGCUCUGUUGAGGGAGAGGAGAUCUGAGAAAAACAUGUCCGCUUGCGUGUCGGCUCCAGAUAAAGCUUCGACAGCAGGUCCUCCGGUCUCCUGUGGGAACCAUCUUGACACCCCUUAUGUGAACGUGCAUGAAGCCAUUUCAUUCGGCACCAUGUUACCUUCUGCCAGCAUUGCUUAUCCCAGUGACCCACAACACGAGAGAAAUUUCGAUGCUCAGAGCAGGUUUGGACAUGUGAGCCAGUUCAUUCCUCAUCCCUUCCACUGUGCAGCCACCAACCAUGACCCAGGUCAGAUACCACAGCGUCACACAGAGGCUGACUGCACUACGCAUGAUCAGUUUCCCAUUAAUGACAUCAUUACCACCAGGCCAGACCCUGCUAACUGGCAGUUUAUGGGCCAUGCUGGACAGGAUCACACAGAGGUGAACAGAAACCAUCACAGUGCUCACAGUUCGUCCACAGUAAAUCCCACUGACACUUUGGCAGCUUCAGGAGGGUAUGGUUUGUACGACCAAAUGGCUUAUGUCAGAAAUGAACAGGUUUCAGGUCAUCUUUCUUCUCGUGCUGCUGCAGGUUAUGCAACACCAGGUAACCCUCCUGCAUACAAUGAAGAGUACAUUGCAAGGGGUUUCUACCCAAGCCAGAUUUACCCACAGCUGGAACCCAGACACUUUUGGACAAGCGCUGCCCUGGCCGCUGGAGGUGGCAUAAUGAUCAAUGAGGCUGCCUACCCAGGCGCUGGUCCAUUCACCACUCCAACCAGCAGUUCGCAAAUUUACUGGCCUGAACAAUUACAGCACCGACAUAAUCCCUCCAACACCGAAGAGCAACAACAUCACAACACAGGACAAUCCCUGAGUUUACGUCAACCCUCCAGUCCCCUAUCCCCCUAACCUACAGUGAAAUCGAAUCCCAGAUACUGGACACUGACCUUUUUUCUUAUUUUGUACCAUAUUUCUUUUCUUGAAAAUAAUAAAUCUUGUUGUAGUUUGUCUACAGAUAUGGGGCAUUUUUUUUCUUGUUCUGUUAAAUGGGUAGGUUUCAUUACACACUUCAAAGAGGAAACAUAGCGUUUGUUAUUAUUUCAUUGAUUCCCUCUAUUGCUAUUUUUUCUUUUUCUAUUUUAUUUCAUUAUAUGUACGUAUGUGUCUACAUUCAUGAUGUUGUAGGAUGUUCCGCCUUGUUGCCACAGUUGGGAUGAUGGAUUGAAUUCAGUCAUCUGUUGUGAUUUUUCUAACAGUUUUGUAUUCAUAUUUUGUUCUUUUUAAUAAAAAUCCUCUAAAAUGAA